UUCUUUACAUUUUUUGUCUCGAAGACUGGCUUUGAACAGAUCGACAGUAAAAUUAGCUCAAUUUUCGAUGUUUGCACGAAUCUUGGGAGUUCAAGAAUGAAAUCGUGAACGCCCAUUCAUUAACUCUUAUUCAGACGACCCAUGAGAUUUUUACUUGUUCGUUUGCCUUCGACGCCAAAGAUAGCCUACCGGUUGGAGCAAUGAGGGUUGCAAUCUGUUUUUGGGCACAGCCCUUCAACUCGAGCGGACAGAAGUAAAUCAAAAUCAAACGUUCAGUGGAAAGUGCAUCAGUGUGUGGUUCGUUUCUCUGGACAAUGGCAGCGACGCCCGUCACUUUCAUGUCGGCCGAUCCUCGGCCUACCGGAUCCUCGCUCAGCCAGCAGCAACAGCAACAAACACACGGCAGUAUAGUGGCCGCCGUCGUCGAAGUCGUUAGCAGCAAUUCCAACGCCGAAGUGGCCGCUCAAGUGGAAGCUUGCGAUCUUACCUUGUCGUCAGCCAACAACAACGCGGAUCAUUUGGGUGCGGAACACGCAAAUUCGGACGCGGCCGCGGCUGCCGUUGCGGCCUUAGAAGCGGAAGAAGCGGCCGAGGCUAAAGACGCUAGCGAGGAAGAGAACGAUCACAACAACACGGACCACACGUCGCCAAUUACUGUGACGGUGACGUCUGGCAGCACCCAGUACAUCGCCAUGGCCGCCGACGGUGCGGUAUCCGACCGAUCCGUCUACACUUCUCUGACCCCUGUUCACGCACCUACGUCCAUCGUAGUGAGCGGCAACGACACGCUGGGCGGCGACUCUUCAGUGCACUCUACGUACGUCCAAUACGUUGACGGUUCUCCAGACUCGGCUCUAUACGCGGCGACUAACGGGCAAAUGACUUACCCGGCCUAUACAGUCGUGGAAUCUGGAGCCAUGUACUCGCCGGGCAAUGGUCAAUAUUACACGAGCGGCGGAGGUGGCAACAACAGCAUCACCUACUCACAGGUGGCUCCGGGACAAUUGACUCAGACGAGUGGUGGGACGUUUUUGAUCCAGCAAGGGGUCGAUGCCGAUGGGCACACGCUCAUUACCACGACGAGAGCCUCUCCUCAAACGGAAGGAAAUGGUUCUUCUUCGGCUUACCUGGUAACGGGCUCGCAAUCUGGUCAUAGCCCGUCGUCCGCCGCCGUGGCCGUCGGAGGCGGGGCCGAUUCCGAUUCGCACUACAGUCUGGCCCAUGCCACCCGGGUAUCACCGGCCACUGUUCAAUGGCUCAUUGAUAAUUACGAGACGGCCGAAGGUGUCAGUCUGCCCCGUUCGACCCUCUACGCUCACUAUUUGAGGCAUUGCAAUGAACACAAACUGGAGCCCGUCAAUGCCGCCUCUUUUGGCAAGCUGAUUCGGUCCGUCUUCUUGGGACUGAGGACCAGACGAUUGGGCACGAGAGGCAAUUCCAAGUACCACUACUACGGGAUUCGCGUGAAACCGACUUCCUCGUUGAAUCAAAUGUCGGUCGAGGACAGUCCGCCCGGCGUCCAGCGACACCACCAAAAUGGCAAGCGCGGAGCCAAAGGAGGGGCUCACAGCAGCAGCGGAAGUCUGGACGCCACUUCGCCCACCCACCAGCAGUACUUGGCGCAUCGCAAUUUAGGGGAUGCAGCCGCAGCGUUGCCGCACUGGCCCGACUUGGAAGCCGACAGUAACCAAUUGCCGCCCGGCAUCGAUAUUGACGAUCUGCAGGCUUUUGUGACCCUUUAUCGAGAUCAUUGCGAGGCGAUGCUGGACGCCGUCAUUAGUCUGCAGUUCAGCACGGUGGAGACGAUUUGGCGCCACUUUUGGCGCAGCGCCAACAACAACGAGGCCGUCGAUGUCGGCAUGGAAGAGGAUCCCGAGAAAAUGUUGCCAAAGGCUAAACUUUACGUCCUAUCGCGUUGCGAGCCUGUUUUGAUAUUCGUCAAAAAGGCCGACUACCAGUUCUACCAGAACCUGGUAGAGGUGCUGAUCCCCGACGUGCUGAGACCCAUACCGGGCACUCUGACGCAAGCCAUACGCAAUUUCGCCAAAGGAUUAGAGAACUGGCUUUUGACGGCCAUGAACGGCUGUCCCGAGGACAUCAUCAUCGUUAAAGUGGCCGCCGUUAAUGCGUUCUCGCAGACGUUGAGACGCUACACUUCCCUGAAUCAUUUGGCUCAAGCCGCUCGUGCCGUUUUGCACAAUUCGGCUCAAAUCAGUCAGAUGCUCUCUGAUCUCAACCGCGUUGAUUUCCACAACGUCCAGGAGCAGGCGGCCUGGGUCUGCCGUUGCGACCCGGAUCUCGUCGCUUGGCUGGAAAACGAUUUCAAGGCGACGCUGCAGAACCAGGCGACGCUGGAACAAUGGGCCCAGUGGCUUGAAAGCGUCGUCGAUCGCGUCAUGAAACCCUACGAAGGCGGAUCGACACAAGAGUUUGCCCGCGUCGCCCGUCAGUUCCUGCUCAAAUGGUCGUUUUACAGUUCGAUGGUGAUUCGUGAUUUGACUCUAAGGAGCGCCGCGUCGUUCGGUUCCUUCCAUUUGAUUCGAUUGCUGUACGACGAGUACAUGUUCUACCUGGUGGAGCACCGCGUGGCCAUGGCCACUGGGGAGACGUCGAUCGCCGUCAUGGGCGAGUUCCUCAAUUUGACGCAACGCUCGAAAGAAGAGGACGACACGGGAUCCGGUUCGGUGCCGCCGUCGCCCAGCGGAUCCUCGGGAUCGCUUCACGUCGGCGUCACGGCCUCCCUGUCGCCGCAGAAAUCGGCUGGCAACAACAACACGAGCAGCAGUCAUCAUUUGCAUUCGAUGGCCGAUGGCAGCUCCAACAACUCUAAACGGCCCAAACUCAGUUGAUUUUUUUUCUCUCCAACAUUUCAGUCGAUGUGCUGUCAAACGUUCCGGCCGUCAUCUGUUCCUCUUUCUUUUUUUCCUUUCUUUUUUUAUUUUUAUUGAUAAAAUAGCUGAUGAUGCUGCUCUACCACCAUCGGGAGGGAGGGAAGACUUCUCAGUCGAAAUUUGCAUAUUUUUUGGCCCGCACAACACGUUGACUGACACCACAACAACAAGACCCUCUGAGCCAUUCUUUUUUUUCUUGUUUUAAUUAGAUGUAACCCAAUGACAGACUAAAACCCAAUUUUCUGGGACAAAAAAAAAAAAAAAAAAAAGAAAAAAAAAAAAGCUAAUCGUAUAAUAUUACAUGUCACAAUUAAGUCUGAUUGUUUUGUGUGAGUGUCUCUUUUGUUCGAGUUCUUCUUCCAAUGUCUUGUGAGGGAGAAAGAAAAAAAAAGAUUGGAAGUGAAAAAAGACAUGAGGACUUGGGAGAGAUCUAGUCGUGUAUGCUUAACUAUAUUUCAUGCCUUUGUUUUUCUCUCAAACCUCCUCCCCGAUUAAUUGUGACCCAUUGUGUGUUUGCUGUGAAAGCUCUUUGUGUCUCUUUCAAAUGCCAGAGAAUCGAAACAAAAAAAAGUUGCAACAAGGAACUUGCAUGGAUGUGAGCAUCGCACUUCAAGAGGAUCUAUGUGCGUCCGAGAGCUGAAAGAGAUGGCGGGGGGGGGGGGUUCUUACUGCUGUUUGCGUGUCGAUUAUUGUUGUCGGCGCCGUUGCUGGUUGCCGAUGGGAACAAAAAAAAAAUGGAGGAAAACCAUCGCGUGAUGUAACGCGUCCAGUCAUUUCAUUCUUUUUUUUUUAUCUGUUCGACUGGGAAUCAUCUUUAUUCUGUGGACGUUAUCAUCUCUGUAUGUGUGUGUGAUUGUGUGCUACCCUCGUUCACCCUCAGAUCUCGCUCUUUUCUCUGUUGCUGUGGAAAACGAAAGAAGUUGGAAAAAAAAAACGUAGAAAGAAAGACGCAACAAAAAAAAGGAAGGUUAAAAAGAAAAAGAUAAAAAAAAAAAAAAAAAGAAACGACAAAAUAUAUUUGAAACGAAAGAGAAAAAAACCUUUAUUUUUAUCGGUUGGAUCGUUGAAAUAGGUGAGGUGUACCUUUGAGACGAUGAUGGAAUAUGCAUUUGAAGAAGGAGAUUGACUACAUCCAUCUUCACCCUCUUUCCCCCUCCCUCCUUCUUCACCCAUUCCUGUCCAGCUAUCCAUAAAAAGAGAAGUUGUGUGUACGGAAGACGGGCAAGUUAUAUGGUCCGUGUGUGUCUUGUAUUUGGCGAGUCAUUUCGUAUUAGAGAGAUGAAAAGAAGCCAAUGGAAAAAAAAAAAAAAGGAAAGAGGUUUGUGGCCCGGUUCUCUUUUCUUUUCUUUUUUUUUGUUGGUCAUGUUUUAUUACAACUGCAGAGAGAGAGAGAGUUGGAACGGGAGCUUAAGGAUGAGCAUCAGCAGCCUCUUGCCUUAUUCACGAGUCGCGGGAUUUCUCUGAAAGCUUCCCGUACCAUUUCUCCGUGCUGCUGUCCUCUUCAGACUUGACCGAACGAAAAAGAGAGAGAGAGAGAGAGAGGGGGGCGGGUUCCUACUGUCUGUUGGUCUAUACUUCUGGUGCAGACGGAUAUGUAUAUAGUGGGUUGUGGGGGGGCUUCUGUAUUGCUGUACACACACACACACAGAAGUUGACUGAUCGAUUUUUCUUUCCACACAAGCCGUUUCAUAAAAAUUGUGUGGACGUCCUGCCUCCACGAGUCGCUUG